AUGCGAAGAAACAGCCCAUUUGACAUCACAAAGUGUGCGCGGCCCAACAUUCUCGCUUUGGAGCCCUACACCAGUGAGAGAGACGAUUAUCCACCUGGUGCAGACAUCACUCUUCUUGAUGCAAAUGAGAAUGCAUUUGGCCCGAGCAUUGAUUUCAGUAUAGAUGGCUCAAAGUCCAAUGGGACUAAGGGAGAAUACGCCGCUCUUAACCUAACGGGCGCAAACAAGGCUGCUGUCAUUGAGCAACCGACCGUCGACCCGAAAGGGUUACAGUUGCAUCGCUAUCCUGACGCCCAUUCAAUGCAACUAAGGCAGAAUUUUUGCGACUUUCGCCAAGUUGAAGGCGGGAGGCCUCUGACUGUACAGAACGUCUGUCUCACUGUUGGAGGCGAUGAGUCCAUCGACAUCAUCAUCCGCGUGUUUUGUACCCCCGGCAAAGACAAGAUUCUCAUUUGCCCCCCAACUUAUGGCAUGUACGAAGUCAGUGCUCACGUCAACGACGUAGGUAUCGUGAAGGUCAAUCUUGAUGUUGACAACGGCUUCGCAUUGAGGCCUGAUGCCAUCAACGAGGUUCUAUCUGCAGAUCCUACUAUCAAAGUGGUAUUCAUCUGCUCGCCAGGAAAUCCAGCUGGGAACCUUCUCGAAAGAUCUGAUAUCGUCAAGGUUCUGGAGCAUCCGACGUGGAAUGGCAUUGUGGUCGUUGACGAAGCGUACAUUGACUUUGCGCCCAAAGAGUCCAGUUUCGUCUCUGAGGUGAACACUUGGCCCAAUCUCAUCGUUACACAUACCAUGAGCAAAGCCUUUGGUCUCGCGGCAAUUCGGCUGGGUAUAUCCUACUCUCAGCCUCAAAUUGCUCGUCUGAUGAACAAUGUCCGUGGACCGUACAACAUGUCUGCUCCAACAGUGGCUCUAGCUAGCGCUGCACUAUCCCCGGAGGGACUCUGUGUCAUGGAAGAGAAUCGAACCAUGAUGGUUCAGCAGAGAGAUCGACUCCUGCAAGAGCUUCCCAAGAUUCCAGGCUUUGGCAGAUUUCUUGGUGACUUCCACACCAACUUUGUAUUGGCCCAGUUUCUUAACAAGCCUGCGGACCAGGGUGGUGUACCAGACAAUGCUACGGCAACGGCCCUCAAAGAUUCUUUGGCUACUCGAGGACCUAUUCUUGUCCGGGAUCGUAGCAAGCAGAUUGGCUGCUCUGGAUGCUUGAGGAUCACAGUUGGGAACAAGGAACAGGUGGAUGAUCUCCUUGCACAAAUCCGAACUACACUCGAGGAGAUGUACAAGGCUAAGUAG